CCGCGUGUUGUGUACCCGCUUAUAUCCUUUGUUGCAUUUCUUAGGAUACUGACAGGGCUGCCCUUUAAGUGGAUAAAAAGACUCUUUUAUCGGCGGAUUGAUUAGCUAUCGAUCGCCGCAUUUAUUUAUUUUUUUUACUACUUAUUUGUAAGCAUACUGGAUUGUACACCUACUGAUGACAUACACCUAUCUAUGAAAAAAAAAAGUUUAAACAAGAUCCAUCCAUUAAAUGAUAAACCACUUGGCUAUCCUGGUCAGCGGUUGAACCGUUUUGACAAACUUGGUUAUUAACCCGCCUACAUGUAGAGAAGGCUAUACGGAAUGCGUCACUAAUGGCAUGGGUCGGCCCCGUAUCUCCGUUCUCCGUUUCUUCCGCCGAAGUUUUUCCACUGUAAACCCGGCAAAGCCUCCCCCACCGAUUCCGCUUCAAGAAUUCACGAGCCUCUGCUAUGGAGGACAAAUCAAAGAAGCUUUCCAUAGAUUUAAUUCGGAGAUUUGGAAAGACCCAACUCUCUUUUCUCACCUCAUUCUCUCAUGCAUUCAGGCCAAGUCUCUGCUCCUUGGGAAGCAGCUUCAUUCAUUGGUCCUCACUUCUGGGUAUCGACGAGAAAAGUUUGUCGCCAAUCACCUUCUCAAUUUGUACUCCAAACUUGGAGACUUACAAGCAGCACUGUCCUGGUUCAACGCCCUGGCCAGGAGGAACGUCAUGUCUGGUAACAUUUUGAUUAAUGGAUAUGUGCACGUUGGUGAUUUGACGAAUGCCCGUAAGGUGUUCGACGAAAUGCCUGAGAAAAAUAUUGCCACUUGGAAUGCUAUGGUAACUGGGUCUGUCCAGUUCGAGUGCAAUGAAGAUGGGUUGUCCUUUUUUCGGGAAAUGCACCAGUCAUGCUUCAUGCCUGACGAGUUUGCUUUGGCUAGCGUGCUCAGGGGCUGUGCUGGGUUGAGAGCUUUAUAUGCUGGGAGGCAGGUUCAUGGUUAUGUGAUGAAAUGCGGGUUUGAGUUUAACUUGGUUGUCUGUAGCUCUUUGGCACAUAUGUACAUGAGAACUAAAAGCUUGGAUGAAGGAGAAAAAGUAAUCAAAGCCAUGCCAAUUCUCACAGUUGUUGCUUGGAAUACUCUUAUUGCUGGGAAAGCUCAAAAUGGCUAUUCAGAAGGAGUCUUGCAACUUUACAAGAUGAUGAAAAUGUCAGGUUCUAGACCUGAUAAGAUCACUUUUGUUAGUGUAAUCAGUUCAUGCUCUGAAAUUGCAAUUCUUGGUCAGGGUCAGCAGAUCCAUGCCGAAGCAUUGAAAUCUGGUGCCUGUUCUGAUGUUGCAGUGAGUAGUUCAUUGAUCGGCAUGUAUUCCAAGUGCGGGUGUUUGGAAGCUUCUUUGAAAGUUUUCUCCGAACACGAAAAUGGGGAUGAUGUGUUGUGGAGCUCGAUGAUUGCUGCGUAUGGCUUCCACGGGCAAGGAGAGGAAGCCAUACAUUUGUUUGAAGAGAUGCAAGGUAGGGGUUUGGAGGCAAACGAAGUGACAUUCUUGAGCUUGCUUUAUGCGUGUAGCCAUUGUGGAUUGAGGAAAAAGGGGAUGGAAUUAUUUGAGAUGAUGGAAAAGCAAUGUGGCCUGAAACCUAGCGUGCAACACUACACUUGUAUGGUUGAUCUGCUAGGUAGGUCGGGGUGUCUGAGUGAAGCUGAGGACAUGAUAAGGUCAAUGCGUGUCAAACCAGAUGCUGCCAUCUGGAAAACACUGUUAUCAGCCUGUAAAAUCCAUAAGGAAGCUGACAUGGCCCAACGGAUUGCUGAAGAAGUCCUGAGGCUUCAACCGCAGGAUUCAUCAUCAUAUGUGUUGCUCGCGAAUGCUCAGGCCUCUGCUGGGAGAUGGAAGGAUGUUUCUGAAGUUUGGAAGGCGAUGAGGGAUAAGAACGUGAAGAAGGAACCUGGUGUGAGCUGGUUGGAAAUAAAAAACCAGGUUCACCAGUUCUGUAUGUCCGACAAGUACCAUCCGGAAUAUGAGAAGAUUGAGUUGUACUUGAAAGAGCUGAUUGCAGAGAUAAAGAAGAAGAAAGGGUAUGUGCCUGAUACAGCCUCUGUUUUGCAUGAUAUGGGCGUGGAGGAGAAAGAAUACAAUUUGACCCACCACAGUGAGAAGUUAGCAGUUGCGUUUGCUCUCAUGCAUACUCCACCUGGGAUGCCGAUAAGGAUUAUGAAGAACUUGAGAAUCUGUGGAGAUUGCCAUGCUGCCUUCAGAUGCAUAUCGGAGGUUAGAAACAAGGAGAUCGUUGUUAGGGAUGGUAGUAGAUUCCACCAUUUCAGGAAUGGAAAAUGUUCUUGUGGUGAUUACUGGUGAGGAAGUAGUCCUGAUUCUUUUUAGUUCUAAUAACCCCACGAGGAGAAAUGUUUUUUUUUUUUUUUUUUUUUGUACUUUUAAAGAGGAGGGUGUGGAAUUGACACUACUAGAUAUAUGAUUAGUGAUUACAGUAAUCGUGUAAUUUGAUUUUGUCAAUUUGUUUUGAGUUAAUCCAACAACACUGCUCACCGUAAGAAGUUGAUGCUAUUUCUAUAAUUCCUAAUUUCCUAUAGGCAAUGACCAUGCCAAAGACAAAUGGGCCUGACGGUUUAAUACUAAAUGGGGUGUUUCGGUGAAAUGAAAACGAUGCACCAUGUACUCCGAGCCCAUUUAUAGCCCAUUUAUAAUCUCCAUUCGAGAUUAAUCUAUCGACUGAAAAUACGUGUUUUCUUCUUGAGAUGCAUUCGGGAUUUCGGGUAUGAGAUUAAUCUAUCAGAGAAUUAAUUUCUUUGAGCGAGAAAAUUCAUUUUGAUAUUAAAUUCCCUUAAGACUUGUUUGCUUGAUGGAUUUGGUGAGUGAUUUGGAUCCAUCAUGAACUUUGUCUAAAAUCUAUUGUUUGUUUGGUGCAUUUAGGGCAACAAAUCCGUAGGUCCCACAAACUUUAAGGAUCCAAAUCCAUGGACCCCACGGACUUAAAAGUUUCGCCUAUUUAGGUGGGAAUUGAUCAUGGACUUUGAAAUCCAUCAUUUAAUACCAAACUACCCCUCCUAAUUUCAUUUAUCUUCUCCUACCAAUGAGGGCAAUAAAGGUAAAUUUCACUU